GGAUGCAACUUAUUAAGCUUUUCACUGCACGUUUCCUCCCGUCGCUUGAGAAAAUCCACUGCCAGGACAGAUGUCCACAGCACCUAAUAAUCCCUGUAGAUAAAAUAUCGCGAAAUUCUCCAUUUUGAAGAAUCAUUCGAUUGAUCUUUGAACUGCAAUGGCGGGCACUGUGGGCAUUCCGAUCAUCUGCAAUGCGGCGGUUUGUUGGGAGGCUGGUAAGCCGCUGGUGAUCGAGAAGGUGGAGGUGGCGCCGCCACAAGCGAUGGAGGUUAGGGUUAAGAUCAAGUACACUUCGCUUUGCCACACCGAUCUUUACUUCUGGGAGGCUAAGGGCCAGAAUCCCUUAUUUCCUCGCAUUUUUGGCCACGAAGCUGCAGGCAUCGUGGAAAGUGUUGGCGAAGGCGUGACAGAUCUCAAGGAAGGAGACCAUGUUCUUCCUGUAUUCACAGGAGAAUGCAAGGAGUGCGUACAUUGUAAAUCAGAAGAGAGCAAUAUGUGUGAUUUGCUCAGGAUUAAUACUGAUAGAGGUGUAAUGCUAAGUGAUGGAAAAUCAAGAUUUUGUGCAAGGAACACCCCCAUCAACCACUUUUUAGGAACUUCCACGUUUAGUGAAUACACAGUCAUUCAUGUUGGUUGUCUUGCCAAGAUCGAGCCAUCUGCUCCUCUCGACAAAGUUUGUGUUCUUAGUUGUGGGAUUUCCACAGGUUUGGGGGCAACACUCAAUGUAGCAAAGCCAAAAAAGGGCUCCAGUGUAGCCAUUUUUGGUCUUGGAGCUGUGGGUCUUGGUGCAGCAGAAGGUGCAAGAAUUGCUGGAGCAUCUCGAAUUAUUGGUGUUGACUUUAACCCAAACCGAUUUGAGGGAGCAAGAAAGUUUGGACUCACCGAGUUUUUGAAUCCCAAGGAUUAUGAAAAGCCAAUACAAGAGGUCAUUGCCGAAAUGACUAAUGGCGGAGUUGACCGAAGCAUCGAAUGCACCGGCAAUAUCGAUGCCAUGAUUUCUGCAUUUGAAUGUGUACAUGAUGGCUGGGGCGUUGCUGUGCUGGUGGGAGUGCCCAACAAGGAUGCCAUGUUCAUGACAAAGCCUAUAAAUGUGUUGAAUGAGAGAACUCUGAAAGGAACAUUUUUUGGCAACUACAAGCCAAGGACUGACCUUCCUUCUGUUGUUGACAUGUACAUGAAGAAGGAAUUAGAAGUGGAGAAAUUUAUCACCCACAGGGUAACUUUUUCUGAAAUCAACAAAGCAUUUGAUUUGAUGGUGAAGGGCGAAGGUCUGCGUUGCAUCAUCAGUAUGGAGGAGUAGAAGAGCUGCUUAAUAAUUAUCAUUUAACUUCUUAUGUUUAGAGAAUAAUUAGGGAGGUCUUAAGCAAUGGUUGAGCAGUGAUUAGCUUUGCUAUUUACAUGCCCCCAUGACAUUAUUGCAAUAAUAUGUUUUUGUAUUAGCAUUGAGAAUUACUAUAUUAAUAAUAGGUAAUACUUUAUUUUAUUUUAUUU